CUGAUUGCUGAAUCUCAAUCAUUUUACAAAUUGCUUAUAUUUGCAAAAAUUGUUGUUUUUUAUAAAAACAUUACCGUUUUUGUGAACAAAAAAAUAAAUUCAAUCCAAAUCUGUAUUAAUUUGCAACGUGUUCGCUAACCAACAACGUUACAAAAAGCAAUUACUAGUCCACCAGUAUACGAAGGAAACCAACCGCAUAUCUUAUCUCAAACUAAAAUGUUUUACCACUAAAAGCAAAAUAAAAAGUUGUUUUUAGAGUUUUAAAUCAGUUCAUAUAGUCAUUUGUUAGUGAAGGUAUCAACGAAUACAGAAACCUCAACCAUGGUAUCGCCAUUGCAGAAACGUCUGUUCAUAUUGCUUAUCAUGAGUUUUCUACUGCUAUUCAUUAUUCGCUACUUGUUCUUCCAUGGGGAUAUAGUGGCUGCCAUAAAAGCUUCAACAGAAGAGUACAAACGCACAGCGAAUAUGCCUGUUUUAGUAACGGUGUAUUAUGAAGCAUUAUGUGGAGAUUCCAAGCAUUUUAUUAUCAAACAAUUACUACCAGCUUUCAAACAAGCUUCACCAAUAAUGGAUGUACAAUUAGUGCCCUAUGGCAAAGCGAAAACAUCUACUACCUUAACGGGUUCGUAUCGUUUUGAAUGUCAACACGGACAAACCGAAUGUGAAGCCAACAUGUAUCAUGCUUGUGCGAUUGAAGCCAUUCAAAGAGCGGAGGAUAGAAUUAAUAUGGUUGCAUGUAUGAUACAUGAUAAUCGGAGACCUAGGGAAGCAUUGCAUAAUUGCGCCGAACAACUUGGUAUCGAUAAUACAGAACUCAUAUUUAAAUGUUUUGACAGUGGUCAUGGCAUUGAAUUAUUAAAAUUUAAUGGUGACGAAACGCAUGCCCUACGCCCGCCCGUUACUUUCAUACCCACCGUAACAUUGGAUGGGGGUCAACACCUGCAGACAUUAAUAUUAAAAGAUUUACUGGGUGAAGUAUGUAAAAUAAUUGGUAAAGAAGAACGGGCAAAAGAGUUUUGUUAUUAAUAAAGUUAAAAACAAUCGUAAGUCUCGCAAAUCAUGCACCACCCAAGAAUUGUCUACAAAAAUACUUGCAUUUUAAAAAAUACUUAUCAUUUUUAAUAUUUUUGUAUUAAAAACAUGUGAAACUACAUAUUAGUCUAGUUCAUAAUUUAACAACUAUUUCAAGAGAUAUUCAGCACAGAGUGAACAAUAUAUACAUAAUUUUAUGCUAUAAAUCUACACGCAGAUAUUAGUUUUAAGGCAAAGGCAAAAUUUCUUGUUCCUUUAUAUCUACGUAUAUUAAUAAGUACUGCUCAUAAUUUUUUAAGUCUUUUAAAGCAUUUCAUUUGAAAAUAUGAAUAAAGCGCGGCAUUUAUUUUUCUAAAGCAAACAAUGUAAUUAUAUAUUAACAGUCGUGGAAGCACGCAACGUAGAUAUGAGUACUAUUUAUGAUAUAAAACUUAUCUCAAGUGUGUUUGCGAGUUAUAACUUGUUUAUUGUCGAAAGUGUUCAGAGUUAUAACAAAAAUCAAUAAUUUCUAAUGCAGUAGUGGCGUUAAGGCACCACGGUAAUGAAGAAAUUG